AACAGGCUACAAUAGUCCGAUAUAGUACAAUAUAAGCACUUAUUAUAAAUGUACCGUAGUGAUUCGGGAUAAGAUAAAAAGGCGGUUUGGGAGAUAAAUUCAUUAUGUUCUCGCUCAUUAUAUACAUUUUGCAAAUGUUGAACACAGAAAAAGUUACAUAGUGCUGCUUUAAGCCACUGUGUUGCGGUCCUUGACGGCAUCAAAUCUGUAUCGCAAACGGACCUCCUCAACAUCUGAUAACGAGUUUGAACUUCCCACUUACGUAAGCCUAGCUAUUUAUCUAUUGUGAUAAUUUGCAGGUCGUGUCAAAAAGUUGUUGGUCUAAAUAGCUGUAUUCUGUACGUUUGACUCAUGUACGAUAAUUUUCCUCCAAAUACGACAAUUUUGAGCUUCUGGUACGAUACUUGGACAUUUCCAAUCUAGCAACACUGUUGAGUAGAGACACUGCGAAGAGAGGGACGCGAUGGGAGAUGGAUCCGGUGAACGCUGUUAAAAUCAACAUAUCAUAGCAUUUCUGCGCGCUGACUACGAUGGCAUCAAAACUAAAAGAAAAUGUUCUUGAAGACCAAACAAAAAUGAAUAAUCAGUCCACAGAGUCGUGUUCUUUACUUGCUGAUGAAGAAACUUCUAAAGAGGAGAUACAAACUUUGAAGUCUUUACUGCAAGAAAGCUUAAAAAAGCGAUAUGAAGACACUCUAAAGGCUCCAAAUGACAUACCACUGAAGAUGCAUGUGUCAAACAAGACACAUUUGGAUGGCCAGAUGGUCCAUGAGAUGCGUGAGCUGGAAAGACCCUACAAUGAGGACAUUAAAGAUGAAAAUGUUAUUAAUUAUGAUGAUCUCCUGAAGCCUCAUUGUUCUAUGGAUGGGCGUAUCCGCACCAUUAUGAUGAGAGGAAUAUCUGGAUCUGGCAAGUCAACAGCUGUGAGGAAGUUUGUUUUAGACUGGGCAGAUGGCAAAACACACCAGCACAUUGAUUUUGUGUUUCCUCUUCAUCUUUGUGAACUGAACAUACUACAUGACAAGAAAUUUAGCCUGAUGCAGCUCUUAGAUUUGCUCUUUCCAAAGUUACUGAAGCCAGAGACCCUCGAACAGUCUCAGAUCCUCUUUAUUUGGGAUGGACUUGGUGAAUUUAGAUUUCCUCUUAAUUUUAAGUGCACCAAGACAUGCACUGACCCAGUGACACCGGUCUCUGUAGGCUGCAUGCUGGUGAAUCUUCUCAAAGGGAACCUUCUUCCUUCUGCCCAGAUCUUGGUCACUUCAAGGCUAAAAGAUGCAGGUCUAAUUCCUCCAGAACAUAUACAGGAGGUGGUUGAACUUCAUGGGUUUGAUGACUUACAGUGGGAAGAACAUAUCAGAAGUGAAGUGUGUGACAAAGCCAUUGCCGUAAGAGCGACUGUUCACGUGAAGUCAUCCAGAACCCUGUACAUCAUGCGCUCCUUGCCAUUCUUCUGUCAGAUGGCUUCCACUGUUUUGGAAGAGCUUUUCAGUAACAGUUGCAACACAGAUCCUCCUCUCACCCUGACAGAGAUGUUCACACAUUUUCUCCUGAUUCAAAUGAAGAGACAAGUGGAAAAGUCUGCUAAAUCAAGCACUGAGGAGAUCCUCAAGUUGGGUAAGCUGGCUUGGCACAUGCUGGAAAAGGACACGUUGACCUUUAUGGAGAAGGACCAGAGAGAAACCAAUACUGAUCCUCUUCUUCCUGUCAAACUCUCUGAAGAUUGGCCCAUGUUUUUCAAAAAGCAGAACCUGAUGGGUUUAGGGAAAAUGUACCGCUUCACGCAUCCCAUCGUCCAAGAGUUCCUGGCAGCAUUGUAUGUUGCUGUGCAUUAUGAACCGAGCAAGGGAAAUGUAAUGUCUUUUACACUUGCAGAAAAAGCACAAAAGUUGCUCAGUCCUACAGAAGUACCAAUUGAUAUGCACAGAAGAGCAGUGGACAGAGCAUUAAGGAGCAAAACUGGCCAGCUAGACAUAUUUCUCCUCUUUCUCCUGGGCAUCUCUGCAGGUCCAAGCAACAAGCUACUGUCCUGCUUUUUCCAAAAUACAUCUCUUCAUGUAAGGACAGAGGAUGUAGUCAAAAAUAUUUUACAGAAAGUCAAGGCAAAGCCAUUAUUUGAGAUUUCAGUUAAUCUCUCUCGUUGUUUGGAGGAGCUUGACGUAGCCCUGCCUGUGGUUCAGAAUCAAGGCCGGGUUGAAUUUCAAAUAGAUGAGGAUGUGCACAUCACUCCUUCAGAGUGGUCAAAUAUAGCAACUACUCUGCUGACCUCUGAGGAUUCAUCACUGAUAUUCGAUGUCAGUAAAUAUGCUAAUGUAGAUGAAGCCAUUACGAGACUGCUGCCUGUCAUCAAGAUCUCCAGAGUCCUCAGACUGGAUGGGGUCACAGAUCUGAGCUGGGCACUGAUCGCCUCAACUCUGAGAUCACCAGCCAAUCGUAUCAGAGAGAUUGACAUUGAGAAAAAGGCCCUCAUUUAUAUAAAACUUGACCUAUUAUCCCUUGGUUUGAGAAGCCCUAAUUGCAAAGUGGAGAUACUCAGGACACCAUAUUGCGGUUAUCCUAAAGAUGCUUUGCUCUCUGGGAUUUUAUUGAACCCGACACAUUUGAGAGAGCUGAAGCUGCUGAGUUCAUUCCACAUGAGUGACAGGACAGUGGAGAGCAUCUCCCAAAUCUUAAUGAACCCGGAUUGUCAUCUCGAAAAACUCACUUUACUAGAAAUGGAAACCUUAGAGAGUAAGAUCUUGGCCGCAGCUCUCUGUAGCAGUUCUUGUUGUCUGCGAGAGCUGGACUUGAGCAGAUGCUCAGAUCAGGCUUUACAGCUUCUGUUGAAGGCGUUCAGACACCCGAACUUCAAAAUAACAGUUCUGAGGUUGGAAUGCAGUUCUGUAGAGCAGGAAACAUUAUCAGCAUUAUUCUCUGCUCUUCAAAAGAAUCCUUCACACCUGAGAGAGCUUGAACUAAGAUUACAGACACUAUGGACUUUUGAACUUCAGGAACUUUUCUCUUUGAUGGCGGAUCCUCGCUUCAAACUAGAGACACUGCGGAUAGUUCACCCACGAUUACACAGACCUGAUGAUAAUAAGCUCUUCUCUGGCCCUUUGCUCAGCUGUACUGCUCUUGAUAGCUUGUGUCGAUCAUUAUGGAAAUGCACCAGCUGGCCCUUAGUUCAAGUAAAGCCUAAUUCUCUUGAAACACUGGCUUCGGUUCUUGGAUCUUGCAGCCUCAAAUCUCUGGAUCUCAGCAUGUGUGGCCUGACAGAUUCUUCUGUGGAGCUGCUCUCUGCUGGACUGAGCAAUCCUGACUGUAAACUGGAGAUACUCAGGAUGACACACUGCAGCAUCACAGAAGCAGGAGCUGCUUGUUUGGCGAGGGCUCUCUCUUCCAACCCAUCACACCUGCGGGAAAUAGACUUGAGCAUCAAUCCUGUUAAAGGCCCAGGAUUUGACCAGCUCAGAUCUGUUUGGGAAGAUCCAGCAACCCGAUUAGAGAAAUUAAUUGUGGACGGCCUGGAGGAGCAACGGGACAUGGAAACUCUACACCAAUAUGCGUGUCAGCUGACUUGGGAUCCCAACACCGCUUCUUCAAGUGUGCAGGUGUCAGAGAAAGAGGAGGCUCUUGUGAAUAGUCGCAGAAACCUGUUAGAAGCUGUUCCACAUCAUCCAGAGAGGUUUAAAGUCCCAAACCAAAUCAUGAGUCGGGAAGGUCUGAGCGGCCGUCAUUUCUUCCAGCUGGAGUGGUUUGGCAGGUGGGCCACUAUAGGAAUGGCCUAUAAAGACAUAAGCAGGAAGGGAAGUUCAGCAGCCUGUAGCAUUGGACUUAAUAAUAAAUCCUGGGGCAUUUUUGUGAGCACCCCCUUUCCCAUCUGUAAUGCUCUUCAUGGAGGAGUAGAGACCCAGCUGCCUGACUGCUCACCCUGGAGAGUCGGGGUCUAUCUGGACUGGGCAGCAGGAACUCUGUCCUUUUACGACACCAGAUGUGACAAGGCUGAACUCAUCCACACUUUCCAUGCUAAGUUCACUCAGCCUCUCUUUCUGCUGGUCAGUAUUGGUGCUGGAGUUAAGAUCUUACCGGAUGUGCCUCCUCCUGUCUGUAUUCAUGACCAUGAUCCCUGGGAUAUGUUUAGGGGCUGCAAGGACUGUCGGGGAUGUAACGGAUCAAAGGCUUACUAGAUAAACUGAUGUGCUCUCCUUUCAUGAAAGAGCUGAUGAUAGUGUUUGUUUCCUUGUAUGUUGGAUCUACAGACUUUAGAAAAGGCUUUAUUAAAUGUCUUUUGAUAGAGAGAGAGCAGAGGGGGCCGUUCUCUUAUAAAACCUGAUCUUAAAGAAAAUGAACAUUCUGUCAUUAACCAUGUUAAUUUUGGGUGAAUUAUCCCAAAAUACUUUUGUGUUUUUUCUGUAUCAUAAAGUCAGUCAUGCAGGUUUAGAACAACAUGAGAAAAUUAUGACUCAAUUUACAUUUUCAUUCAUCAACUGACCCUUUAAAUAUACAGUAGUGAGGUGGUUUUCACCACAAUGAUCCAAAUCAAAUUUAUUUUACAUGUACAACUUUCUACUAGAUAAGUAACAUUAUUAUUAAUUAUAGUUGAGAAAUGAAAUCCAAUUCUGAUUACAAAUAUUGUGCCUGUUUUGCUAGAGGAUGUCACAUUUUCAUACAAAACAUGAUGUGCAUUUUGUAGCAUUUGUAAGGUUGUCUUGUAUUAUCACUUAAUCAGCAGAAAAAGAGACCAUCUUCACCCGAGUCAGUUUCAUAUAUUGUUACAAAACUGUACAUGAUGCAAAGUUUUUAUUGAUGUUUUGGACUCCACAUCAAAUGUUGUAAUAUUAGUUUUUUGCAAAGAUGUAGGGUUGUGUUAAGGUGACCAGCCCUGAAGACACAAGAUCAAGCAGUUGACACAAUAAUAGUAUGAAAUUAUAAAACCUGGUUUUUGGAUGGCCUGAAUGUCCUGCCAACCUUUCCAAAAAUGUGCGUCCUUUAACUAAAACUGUAGGUACUUGGGCUCAGAAUUUGGGUGAUAUUUUUGACCCGUCACUCAAAUUUGAUAAAAAGAUAAAUUCAGUUGUGAAAUCAGCAUUUUAGGAUGAUUGCAAGUAAAAACUUGUAUUUCUUUUAAGGAUCUGGAGACUUAUUCAUGCAGUUAUUUCAACAAGAUUGGACUAUUGUAAUUCAUUGUACUUGGGAAUCACUCAGUCUUGUUUAUCUCAUCUCCAUUUGGUCCCAAAUGCUGCAGCCAGACUUUUAACAGGGACCAAAAAGAGAGAAAGUAUUACUCCAGUUCUGAUUAGUUUGCAUUGGCUUCCUAUUGAGUUUAGAAUUCAGUUUAAGGUAUUGCAGUUUGUGUACAAAUCUAUGGUGGGUUUGGCACCAUCUUACCUGUCUGAUCUCCUCUCGUACCAUGUGAUUAACAGGCCUUUAAGGUCAUCAAAUUCUUUAUUGUUAUCGGUACCUAUGACGCGCUUGAAACUCAAAGGGAUCGUGCUUUUUCGGUGGCAGCACCUUAGCUGUGGAAUAAAUCGCCAUUGUAUAUAAGAUUGGCCUCCUCUUUUCAGGUUUUUAGAUCAUUUCUUAAGACUUGUCUUUUUAAAACGGCUUAUGGUCUGGAGUAAUUGCUGUCAAAUAUUUUAUUGUGUGUGAUAUCUUUUUCAUAAAUUUGUGAUUUGUUUUAUAUCUUGUUUAAUGUAUUUAUUACAUUUUGGUCGACCCUGUUGCUAUUAAAUGUGCUAUAUAAAUCAAUAAAACUAAACUAACUUUACGAUUUAUUACUACAAAU